GAUCACGCCAGCACGCGGCGAGCCAGAGCAAAGACCAUUCCCGAACCGCAAGCCGAACCCACGCCGCGAGCCCAAGCAGGGAUCACAAUCGCAGUGAAAGUAACACCAGCGCAAAAUUGGACGACCAUUAUCAAGGCACCCCGCCCCGCACCCGCGAGCGGAGGGAAAAGGACAAAAAGACCAUGUUGUCACGGGCGCUGCAAAAGGCAAACACGGCCGUCCUGCUCGACAAUGCCCAAAACUUCGAGGGCGCCAUGGAGGCGUACGAGGACGCGUGCAAACUCCUGCAGCAGGUCAUGGUCCGCAGCUCUCAGGAGGAGGACAGGCGCAAGUUGGACGCCAUUCGUGUAACAUAUACCAACCGGAUAGAAGAGCUCCGUCGACUUGACCCUGCCUACACCCAUGGCAACGGCAAGUCACUGCCCGCUCGCCCUAUGAGUGGGGAAUCGCUGGACGAACACCGCUCAAUGCUCUUACUAGAGGACGAUGACGAAGAGCCUGCAGUAAUACAAACUGCCUCUGUUUCUCGAAUCGUAAACGACGCCUCGGUAUACGAAAACUCCUUCGCCGGCGAACCAGAACAACCCCCUUCACACCAAUUGCCCCUGCGCAGUGACUACCAAGGUCCCCGCGAGUCGGUCAUCUCAACUGCCAUCCGCGAUGUGCAAAAAGGUAUGCAAAACUCGCAAUUCAGUCUACAGCCACCGCCUGCUAGACUUGGGCCUUCAGCUACGUCUGGUCGCUCUUCGGUUGCCGAAUCAGCAAUGGAUCGCACAUACAUGCCCCCACCCCUCUCGCCAAGGAGAUCAAAAUCACCCCUAUUCGACAGCCAGAGUGAAUCCAGACCUGACGAGCCCGGCCGGUUGUUGCAACCGCAGCAGACACUAGAAACCAAUCACCAGCGAGUCCACAGCAACGAGUCUACAUCAUGGCUUGACACCAUAGACGAAUCUGGAGGCUCCUCAUGCUCCUCUUCGGUGCACUCCAUGUCCCCGGGAGGGCCACGCCGAAAACACCUACGGAACCCAAGUGGAGAGACCGAAGCAGAGUUUGACGCGGCGCUCGAUGCUGCCGUUGAAGCUGCGUACGACGACGGUUACGAACCUUAUGAUGACGACAUGUCCACGCCAGCCGAUCUGAUAUCGGCCAAGAUGCGAAACGUGGAAAUGGCCAAGGAGCGCGUACGGGAAGCAGAACGCGAAGAGGCUAUUGCAGCGGCCAAAUAUCGUUACAAAGAAACCCAAAUCCGCAAUGAGGCAUUGCCACACGUACGCGAGACUGCCGAAAUCACCCUCAACGACGAGGCGGAAGAGGAGGAAAGGCUACUCGAUGAGAUGACCAGAGAGUACAUGCUGGACGGUUUCGAUUUCGACUUGCAAACAAAAUCAGCGCUGCCACGACAGUCAGACUCGAGCAACUUUUCUGGAAGCACAUACAACAGUUCAGUGUCCUCGCACAGGACAACAGGCGGGACGUCGCUCUCAACUGUUACCGAAGUGGUCCACCCGUCAUCCAAACCACCGCCCGUACAUUCUCCUCCUGCGGUCCCCGCCCCGUCUGGUGCUCUGCCUGCACUGCCCCCAGUUCUCGAGUCACAAGCAUCCAAUACGACCGAUGCAGCAGAGGUUACUCCCCGGCCCAACACCGCAAGCAAGGACGCCGCUUCUGUGCGAAGCCGCAGAUUAUCAGGGCAAAACGCCAAAUCGCUCAAGAUCGAGACAUCUGUGCUCAAUAUUCCGCCUGCGCCCCAUACGGAGAAACCGCCCGUACCAGCAAAGGACGUGCCCAUUGAUCUUCCUGCACAACCAAAGUCUGCUGCUGCUGCAUCGUUUAGCACUAGCAAGCCUUCCCUGGAUUCGACAUUCAAGUUGCCUGCACUGCCGCAAAUUGCCCAACAGACCAGUCUUGCCGCUCCUUCACCACAGCCCGCACUGUAUAGUCCUUCUGAGAAUGGUCCUAGUCCGUCGCCAAUGCUACACGGUGUCUCAAGCGAGCCUGGUCUUGUGCCAGGUUCCCCGAAAACCGGAAAAACCCCAGCCUUGGGUAUUAGAAAAAACAAAUCUUCGCUUAGCUUGAAGCAGCGGAAUUUGUCCAUGUCUAGCCCAGAUGGCUCAGAUGUAUCCAUUGGAACGCCGCUCAGCACAACCUUUUCCGUCACCGGACGGAAACCUAGCAACGCCGGACUGCCCAUCCCAACUCCUAGCCUUCCUACGUUUAACAUUGAUGGUCUCCCGAGCGGUGGAAUGCACCUGUUUGAGAGCGAUAUUCACUCGCCCUUUUCUCCUGGCUCGCCCAGUCCAGCAAUCACAAAUGCACCCAUUCCACUGGAGCCGUGUCCGGACUCGUAUUUGUUGAGGCCAUUCUGGUUGAUGCGAUGCUUCUAUCAGACUAUCGCGCACCCCCGUGGUGGUUACCUCUCAACCAAGCUUUUCAUUCCUCGCGAUGUCUGGCGCGUCAAGGGUGUCAAACUGAAGAACGUUGAAGACAAGAUCGCCAACUGCGACAUGCUCACAGCAGCCCUGCAGAAGCUAGCUGCUGUUGACACAAACGAUGCGGAUGCUGUGCUAGAAGAGAUGCAGUCUCUAGAACUAGUGCUUGACCAGGUACAGGCUCAACUAGCCAAGAAGCUGGGUAACGAAGUUGGCAUACAAUCUGUAUCAAUCCUCUUCAAAGAUGCAACUACCGUGGGCGAAGGCACAGCAUCUGCAGACGGCGUUUCCAAGGGCCCAACAACUAGCCAAGACUUUGUACCCAAGGGCGCUGUUGCCCAGGGCAAGUCGUACCUGGCGUCAUGGCGCAAACUACGGUCCAAGAACUCUGGUGUCAAUCUCGCCAACAUGGCUACCGGUACCACGAGGAGUACAGAGGUGCCCAAGGAUACGCUUGUCAUGGCUACCCUUCCCAUGACGAGUUUGACAAGCAUACGUUUUGCAAAGCGCGACAUUUCGGGUAUGAACUUUGAGGGCCCCAAUGCAGGAUACAUGGGAUCUUUGGCGCGCUUGUUCGAUGCAGUUCAGAUACUGGAUCAAAUCGCGCGUCAAGUCGAAGACCCAGGUCUCAAGCACUCUUCACCUACUCAUGUUGGACUCGAACUGUCAACUCGCCAUGCCGCAGAGUUCUUUGGCUUCUACAUUUGUCGUUUUGUCCUUUCCGACGUGACGCUUAUGCUGGACAAGUUUAUCAAGAGAGGGAGUGAGUGGGUUUUGGUUUAA